AUGCCGCGAUACCUCAUAACAGGCGCAACAGGCCAGCAAGGAGGGGGGGUUGUGGAAGCCCUACUCCACGAAUCAGGCCACGCAGAUAUCGAAAUUCGAGCCAUAACACGCAAUCUAUCAUCAAAUAGUGCGAAAGACCUUCAAAAUCGGGGCAUCGAGGUUGUCAAGGCAGAUCUCGGCGACGGCAAAUCUCUUGAGGCUGCACUGCGAGGGUGCGAGGCCGCAUACUUGGUUACUGAUUUUCGAGGGCCGGGGGGAGUAGAGGAAGAGAAGGAGCAGGGAAGAACAUUUGUGGAUGCUGCAGUGCGAGCUGGCGUCAAGCAUAUUGUGUUCUCCUCUGUAUCAGGCUCAGAAGAUGAGAGAGUCGAACACUUUCAUUCCAAAUAUCAUAUCGAGAAGUACAUACAGGCAUCAGGGCUUAAAUGGGCUGUGAUUAGACCAGUAGGUUUUAUGGAUCUGAUCCCACCACCUGGUAUUGGGCGGGCCUUCUUCCUGGCAGCGAUGAAAGCAGCAUUUGGAGACGUGAAACAGAAGUGGAUUGCGUGUGAAGACAUCGGGAAGGGGGCUGCAAAGGCUUUGAUGCAGCCGAACCACUUUAAUGGGAAGACCUACGAGAUCGUGGGAGACGUGGCAACGGUGAAUGAAGUAAAGAGCGCCUUGGAAAGAGCAGACAAUGGUCGCACGGAAUGGAAUGUCUGGCUGCCCAAAUAUCUGGUUAUGUUGUUCUCCCCUUAUCAUUAUAGGCAAAUGUUCCAAUGGCUUGCGCUGGGUGUUCAGCCCGGAGAGGUACAGAGGACGAAAGAGCUAAUUCCUGACGUUAUGAAUGUCGAAUCAUGGGCAAGAAAGAAGACUAAGCAAGAGUAA